GAAUAUUGUGUUCUCUUGUAAUGAGGCGAGUUCAUAAGUUUAUAAAAUCGGUGAUUUACGGAUAUCUAUUUAAAUUUUCAGCUUAAUUCCCGCAAUAAUCAGAAGAUGGCGCACGUAAUCCAUUGACAGACUAGUUUUUCCUGGUGCAAUCAUGUGAUUUUUUGUUUAUGCAUCUACAUAUACUUAUUGUAUGAUUCUAAUAAAAUGAAUAAAAUCUAAUUUUACUUGCAUAGGAUUUCAUCAAGUGGAACCGAGUCGAAUGACAGGAGAGCGACUCGAAUUAUUUAUCCAUGAGUGCGAAGAAUUUAUUCAUAUAAUCACCUUGAGAUGAGCCUAAAUGGAGAGUCUCCUCAAGUGGAACUCCUCCGAGUUCUCCUCCUUCACCAGAAAGAGCCGUCUCCAAAUAGACAAAUCACCAUGUAGUAGCGAUCUCGAAAAUCUCUAAAUAUGAUCGCUCACCUCAUAUCAGUCGCCUCGAUCCGCCGACGAUGCCUAAUAAUCCUGAUGGUAAUACUCGUGCCAUGCACUAUCUUGAAUCUCUUCUCCUUUCCGGACAUGGGAGAAGAGACAGCCCUGCAGAAUGGAAUAGCAGAGCUGCAGGCAAAGUUGGAGCACCUUCAAUCGAAAUACAUAAACACCCAAGAGGAGAUAAAUCUUCUCUCCCACCAGCUCCUGCUGAUGACUGAAAACUCCCACGUGCUUCCUAAUCUGCAAUUUAUGAUGCUGAAUGGCACCUCCAAUAUGACAGCAAUAAAGUUACCCUCGAUCUACAAUUUCUUGCCUCACUUUUUGAACGAUCCCAAUAGUUUGAGACCGGCAUUUUUACAAGGCAAGAGUCGUACCGGCGUAAGUAUGGUGCUGGGUGUUCCAACGGUGAGAAGGGAGAUCCAGAGUUACCUUUUAACUACUCUUAAGAACCUAGUAGACAGAAUGACACCAGAGGAGGCAAUGGACACUGUCAUCAUCGUCAUGGUAGCUGAGACUGAUUUGGAAUACGUGAGUUACGUAGCUAAACAGAUCGAAGUGCACUUCCCAAUAGAGUCGGAGAGUGGACUUUUAGAAGUUAUAUCUCCAUCAGCAUCUUAUUACCCGGAUUUAUCCAAGCUGAGAGAUACAUUGGGUGAUGAUCAUCAGAGAGUUGUCUGGAGGUCAAAGCAAAAUCUUGAUUUUGCAUUCUUAAUGUCAUAUGCUCAGGGAAAAGGUACAUUUUACAUUCAAUUGGAGGAUGAUAUCUUAGCCAAGAAGAACUUCAUAACCACAAUGAAAUCUUAUGCUUUGCAAAAGAUCAGUCAGAAGGAAAAGUGGUUUGUCCUGGAUUUUUGUCAACUCGGCUUCAUCGGCAAGCUCUUUAAAUGCGUUGAGUUGCCUUGGUUGAUACAGUUCUUCCUGAUGUUUUACAAUGACAAGCCUGUUGACUGGUUGUUGGAUCAUUUGGUGUCAACCAAGGUUUGCAGUCUUGAUAAAGAUAGCAAGCAUUGCAAAAUGGCAAAGGCUGAGCUAUGGCUUCACUAUAAACCCUCGUUGUUUCAACACAUUGGGACGCAUUCGUCAUUAAAAGGAAAAGUACAGAAGUUGAAGGACAAGCAGUUCGGUAAAAUAACGUUCUAUUACGCGCAUGACAAUCCUGAUGCUACGGUGGAGACCAGAAUUACAUCCUAUAAACAAUAUACCCUUAAUAAAGCGUACAAGGGUGAGAGUUUCUUUUGGGGACUACUGCCACAACCUGGGGAUCAUCUCAAAUUUAAAUUCAAACAUCCUAUUUUUGUAAAAAAAUAUUUAUUCAGGAGUGGUAAUCCAGAACAUCCUCUUGAUAAGUUUUAUAAUACAACAGUUGAAGUACUGCCCGAGGCUUCAAAAUUUGUCAAUAGAAAUAACAACGACGUGACGGAGGAUGGUUACAUCAUCAUAGGUAAAUUUGAUAGUCUCGGAUUGGCUCGAGGAACAGUUGACAGAAAAUACGGAAGAAUAUCUGUUUUAAGAUUGACAGUACACAGCGAAAGCGAAAAUUGGGCAAUUCUAUCCGAGAUUCACAUUGUUGAAGAUCAACCAAGUUGACGAUCACCAGGGUAUGGAGGAAAAUAUUAUCGCUAUCAAGUGCAUUAAGAACUGGUAGAUUCAAAGAAAUCGAAGUACCUGUCAAACUGAGGAAUGAAGAGAAAUAACUCUCACUUAUUUAUUUAUACAUUGAAGGAAAUCCUGUAUAUUUUUAUCUGAUUGACAAAAUUUUAAUUGUGCUUCUUUUUAAGCUAUUUACCAACUGUUAUUUUUACAUUUAUUAUAGUUUAAAAAUGUGAUCUAUUUUUUCAAUCCCACAACAUUAGCUAAAUGAGACCUGAACUAGAGGAGAACAUUCUAAUCAUUCGUGCAGCAUUAUUUAUCUCAAAUUAUUUUCUAUUAUUUAUUUAGAAUGAACAUCAAUGUGUAAUCAUGUGACUAGGAUCGUUUGCAGCAGCUUCAGAUGACUAAAAUGUUUAUUAAUGGUCACCUCCUAAUAAUUACGUUGUCAUAAACUUGUCCUGUAACUUUUUCUGUCACAAAAAGUAUUGAUUCAUUUUUCUGGUUCGUGGUUAUUUUAUUUUAUUUAUCACUUGAGAAAAUUUUCUGUCGGAUGAUUCAAAUGCGCAGUAUGCUCAUUUAAAAUUUAUACAUUUAGAUUUCCAUUUAUGUAAAUUAAAUGAAAUGAAAUGUGAUGUUGACAGCGAAUUGUGUCAUUAUGCAUGAAAUUUUGAUAUUUACUAUUGAUCAUUGUGAAAAUUGUUUGGAUCAUACAUUUUUGAUAAAACAAACUUGUCUCUUACAGCAACAAAUUAUGAACAAUAGUCCAAUUAUUAAAGAAACGACAGCUUUUAGAGAAGAAUAGUUCCUUUCCUAGAUUAUAAUUUUUUCAGCGAAGAACAAAUAUCGAAUAAUUUAUUGUUUAAAUUAUUCAAGCAAGAUUGAUAACAAAUGAAAAAUGGGAGAAAUGUUUUGUUGCUACAUUUCACCAAUUGCCUAACUAUUUAAAAAAUUGAGAACGAAUUUAAUUAAUUAAUCAUGAAACUUUAAUAAUUGAUAAAAAACGUAGUGGAAUUAAAGAAAGUCCUAUUUAUAAAAGUACAGGUACUUAGCGCAAACCAGCGCAGCAUAAUUUUAAUUAGAUAGAAUAAUCGGACAGAAUAUGAAUGAAAUUAAUUAUAUACAGUUUUGGUAUUACUAAAAGAAGUUGUAAAUUAAUUUCAAGAGAAUCAUUUUCUUCAAUAGAAUGAUUCCUCUCCUUCACUGGAUCAAACACCAAGAAAGAAAUAUUAAAUCGACUGAAAAUUUUUUUCAUUUUUUUGAAUUUUGAAGAGGGAAAUCUUCGAGCGACCCAAGCAAUAAAAUUAUGAUUGAAAAUUACUGAUAUAGAAUUAUAUGUUGUUAUUCUCAUCGGUUGACUCGUUGAGAGUAUGACUGACAGAAAUUACUUGUGGAAUAAAUGAAUGCCUCUUGCUGUUGGACCAUCACCACUGUUACUUAUAAAAUAAAACUAUAUAUAUUCAUGGAAUUAAGAAAAAA